GCAAUUGAGUAAUAUACAGAAAAAAAAGUCCACUGUCAAGUUUAUUUAUCAUCUAGCUUUCUGGCCAAUACAUCUUUUGGCCUGCAACAAGAAGUAUAUAUCUAUAAUGGCGUGAAAUAGAGCGAAUUCAGCCGAGUGUAUUAGUAGCAACUUGAUAGCAUUUGGACACCGUCAUCGAGCCACAGGUAAUUAAACUAACGGUAGAGCGUGAGCAUUAGAUGUUCCUGGAUACGUCCCAUGGUAAUCAAGAUUCAAGGCAGCAACAUACAAACAAACGAUAACCAAGAGUUUGUGUUCUGCGUUGCUGAAUCCAAAAUCCGUCACACCACAAACACCAAGGCGGGAGGUUGGUGGAAGGCUCUUCUCAACACAAAACUCUGAAGUGAGUUAGUUGAAUGGAGAGAGUUGAAGAGUGUGGUGGAUCCCAAGUUCAUCAGGUGUGCUCAGGAAGAUAUUGAAGAAGACAAAAACCAGUUGAGAGGUCGUGAGAAAUUUUGUGAACAACAAAUAGAAUCUGAGAUCAUCCUAAUUGGAUAUUCGUCAUCAUAGAUAUCUCGGAUUUAAGAGAAUUUUGGUGUUUUGGUAUGAGGUGAACUUGGUGGCUCUCUUGCGAGACUAUGGAAUGUUUGUGACUCUUAGGGAGUGUCUACGUGUGCUAGAGAGAAUUAACAGGCUAGUUAAUUAAGGCAGGUGAACGCACACAAAACCCAGUGAGGAAAUGGAGGUGCAUCUGUCGAAUCUGAUGGGUAAGCUGAGCAUCGAUAACGGUGUUAGCGAUCUAUGUGACUUUUCGCUGGCGGAGCAGAAUGCCCUCAGUGAGGCACAUGGCAUAACGCCCAGCACAAGUCCGGACUAUUUGCCCAUCCUCGGGAAGACUGUCAACUAUAUUGUGGCCUUUGUACUCGUCAAUGAUGCCAACGAAGUACUGAUGAUGCAGGAAUCUCGAGAAUCCUGCCGUGGCAAAUGGUACCUACCAGCAGGAAGGAUGGAACCUGGUGAGAAAGUUGUCGAAGCAGCGGCUAGGGAAGUGUUGGAAGAGACAGGCCUAAUUGUUGAAAUUACGACACUUUUGCUCGUGGAGACCGCAGGAGGAUCGUGGUUUCGAUUUGUUGUCACAGGUGAGAUUGUGGGUGGUGAACUGAAGACACCCGAACAUGCAGACAGUGAAUCACUGCAGGCUAGUUGGGUGUCGGAUGUGGCGAAAUUGAAUCUCCGUAGCAAAGACAUAAUUGCACUCAUCAACUACGGCCACCUCUACAAGAACACCAUUUCUGUGGCACUGUGGCCACGAACAAUGCUUCCCAAGGCCCAGGCCCACACCAAAAGUCACCUCAGACUAGUAAUGGCUAUCAAGAAGCGUGCCACAAAUCGAUUUCACAUUCUCUACAGCGAAAAACAAACCUCCCACUAUCCCACAGUGGAGAUUCAUCCCGAGAGGAGCAUCUACUCUACCCUGAUAAAAUUCAUGAAAGAAAUCUUUGGGGCUGACCUGCCUCAACACAAACCUCUGGGAUUGUUCUCUGUGGAGCAUUCGCCAUCAGAGACAGCCAGUACAGCCACAGAUGGCAUCUGCCUUACACUCCUUGUACUCUUUCGACCACCCCUGGAGGAAGUCGCCCUGAUUGGGAAGUACGUCUGGGAGGAAUUACCCUCUGAGGCGAGUCAUGAGAUGGAAAAGCUAAUUACCGCCAAACACGCUCUAAUUGGAUUGAGUGUACUGAGAUAGACAACCUAAAUGAGAUGCAUCAAAUAUUUUGAUACCAAAAUACAGAGAAUUAUAAAUUGCUUUUGCUCUGCCUUUCCCACAACAAUGUAUUCCUCUGUCCAUUGAGUAAAUUCAGCUAUAAUCUACCGUUCUUUUUUUUUGUUGCUAAUUCCAUUGAAAAAAUACUCUCUAUGUAAGAUGUAUUAUUGACUGUUGAAUAAAAAGAUAUUUAACGAGA